UUUGUUGUUUAACUGGACUAUUCUACAAGACUGCAGCCUCAAGUAGAAAGGUACACAGCACCUUCUCGUCUGAACCAACCAUGGUUGGUACAGGUGGUCCAGUGGCCACCUUCUCCGUGUGGGACUAUGUGGUGUUUGCCGGGACAAUCCUGGGAGCAGCAGGCAUCGGCCUCUUUCAAGCCAUCCGAGGCCGCAAGGAGACCAGCUGCGAAGAGUUCCUGUUGGGCGGGCGGCAGAUGACGGCGGUACCGGUGGCCAUGUCUUUAACGGCCAGCUUCAUGUCUGGCAUCACCGUCAUCGGCACACCUGCCGAGGCGUACUUGUUUGGGGCAUCCUUCUGGCUGUUUGGCUUCUCCUACGCCAUCAUGUCCACCCUCACUGCCGAGUUCUUUGUGCCCCUUUUCUACAGACUGGAGAUCACCAGUGCCUAUGAGUACCUGGAGUUGCGUUUCAGCCGGCCCAUUCGAGUAUUAGGGACUUCAAUGUACAUUGUUCAGACGGCCCUGUACACUGGUCUGGUCAUUUACGCUCCUGCCCUGGCACUGAAUCAGAUCACUGGACUGGACCUGUGGGGAGUGCUGGUGGCCACAGGGGCAGUGUGCAUCCUCUACUGCACCUUGGGCGGCCUGAAAGCAGUCAUUUGGACCGACGUGCUGCAGAUGGUGAUUAUGUUGGCAGGUUUUGUGGCUGUGAUAGCGAGAGGGGCAGUGCUGCAGGGGGGCCUGGCCAACAUCUGGGAAGAUGCCAGGCGAGGAGGCAGGCUGGAGGCCUUUGACUUUGACCCCGAUCCACUGAAGAGGCAUACUUUCUGGACCAUCACAAUCGGUGGCAGCGUGAUGUGGGUAUCCAUCUACGCCAUCAACCAGUCCCAGGUGCAGCGCUACAUUUCCUGCAAGACAUUGGGCCAUGCAAAGAUGUCUUUGUAUGUAAACAUGGUGGGUUUGUGGGUGACUGUGAGCCUGGCUGUGUUUUCCGGACUCACCAUGUUCUCCAUUUACAAGAAGUGCGACCCGUUCACCAAUGGUGACAUCGGCACCACUGACCAGUUGCUGCCUUACCUUGUCAUGGACAUUUUGGCAGUCUACCCAGGAAUCCCUGGCUUGUUUGUGGCUGCUGCAUACAGCGGAACCCUGAGCACAGUGUCUUCCAGCAUCAAUGCUCUUGUUGCUGUCACUGUGGAAGACUUCAUCCGUCCCGUAUGCAAGAACCUGACACAGAAGCAGAUGACAUGGUUGAACAUGGGCCUGAGUGUAUUUUUUGGCGCUCUGUGCAUCGGGAUGGCUGGCGUGGCUUCACUGUUGGGAAGUAUUCUGCAGGCAGCUCUCUCUAUAUUUGGCAUGGUCAGCGGGCCUCUUCUUGGCCUUUAUCUGUUAGGAAUGCUGUUCCGCACAUCCAACUCCACGGGAGGCCUGGCAGGAAUGGUCCUGGGCCUGGUGUUGACCCUGUGGGUGGGGAUCGGAGGUCAGAUUUACCCGGCAACCACUGCCAAGACAAACCCUCUGCUAGUCAGCACUGUGGGAUGCAACAGCACACACCAGUACAACACCACCACAGCAGCUCCCUGGACCAGUCCACUGACCAUGUCACCUGAUGUUAGGCCUCCAUUAGCAGACUCCUGGUACUCUCUGUCCUACCUCUACAUCUCUUUGCUGGGCACGCUGACCACAGUUGUGAGUGGCCUCUUGGUGAGCAUGAUCACAGGUGGCUGCAAGCAAAAAAAGCUGAACCCCGAUCUCUUUGUGAGGAAAAGUGACUUUUUGUGUUUUGGCUGCAACAAAAAAUCCCAGGCAUCAGGGGAAAAACUCAAGCAUUCCCCACACUUUCACACGGAAGCCGACAAGCCAGGACUUGCACACCCUGAGCGGACGAGAGAAGACGUUGAGAAAGUGACCAAACUUUAGGGUCAAAUCAUCACAUUGCACCUCUGAGAUGUAUUCAUCACACAUUGCAAGGUGGCCCCUACUGCUGGAUCUGUCUUUAAACACAUGUUCCAAGCUUUUGUAGGGUUUGUAUUCAAAUGAAUGUAAUAUUACUGUGGACUUCAGCGGAGUCAAAUUCCUGUGAAGAAUCUACUGACUCACCACCAGAUGUGACCAGACAGUAUGUCAAUGGACUAAAAAGCAGUGGUUGCCAACUACCAGGCCCAGAGAAACAUGAAAUCCUUUAUAAAGGACUGCAUUGACUUUGGCCUGUGCCACUAGACACACCAUAAGCUUGUUUAUAGAUGUACAAUAAACUGCUCAUAGGAAGUUGUUAUAACUUUGUGACAUGACACAAUGCACAUUAACCAACAUACCAAAUAUAAAUGUGACAGAUUGUAGCCAAAGGCUGAUUUCCAUCUGCAUCUCAUUGCAAAGAAACAAGCUCCCACUAAUUCAGCAUUAUA